AUCAGUGUGCUCUCGGGCAGCGAGUGACCAACCCGUCUCGACGGAUCCGAACGCGAUCAGUGCGUGUCGUUUUUCCUCAUCGUUCCGGUCGGUUCCCACGAAAUCCGUCACCACGCUGAAUUUCACGGAUCUCACCGCCGGGCCUUAUGCCCCCGCGUCCAUGAGCGCCGCGGAUGCAUUGGACCCGGAAAAAUCGGCGUUCAUGGAGCUGCAGGGCCAGGGACUGGCCAUGGCCCACCCGUACCACCGGGGACCGUACCAGCAGCCGGUCGUGUCGCAGCACGAGUCCAUGCUGGGACAUCAGUCCCGGCCCCACCUGGCCCCUUACCCCUUCGCCACCAUGAACACCACGGUUCACAACUCCUACCCGGGGUAUCACCUCGGCACCUACGCCAACGUCACCCAGUGCCCGUCGCCUCCGAGAGACGAGAAGGAGAGCGUGGAGGGAAGCCUCCGGGUGAACGGGAAGGGAAAGAAGAUGAGGAAGCCCCGCACCAUCUACUCCAGCCUUCAACUCCAGCAGCUCAACCGGAGAUUCCAAAGAACUCAGUACCUUGCCUUGCCCGAGAGGGCCGAACUCGCCGCCAGUCUCGGGCUCACCCAAACCCAGGCCUUCUUUCGAGCAUCGGGAGGUGAGAGAUCAGGUGAAUGUUGGCUGCGAUGCCUCCUCACCGGACUCCAUUCUCCAUUCACCGGACUGCAUUCCGGAUCGUUACGAGGCGCCGUCGAGAUACCGUUGCGAUACGCCGAGGAACGUCAAGAUGACGAGAAGAAACGAAGGUGGGAGGGAAGGCCAGAGACAGGGGCCAAAGAUGGAGGGGCCAAAGAUGGAGGGGCCCGAGACGAAGGGGCCAAAAAAUGGCUCUCGGUCAACAUGCAAACAUAUCAUGACACUCCGCCCGUGUCACCCCUCGAGUUCUACUCGAACACGAUCCCAUCAUCUCGCGACGAGCGUGAAUGA